UCAGCUUGCAUCAGUCAGUAUCAGUUACGAACAUUGCAGUCUCAGCUUCACUUCCGACUACAGUAGUACACAAAUUCUCUCCAGGCCAGCCUAAAAAUGAAAAUCGCCCUUUUCGCUUUCGUUGUUUGCUGUCUGUUGGCUACGAUGACGCUGGCAGCACCCCACCAACAACAAAAAGAGGACAGUUUGCAGUUAGUCAAACGCGAGGAAACGGAAGCCCCACAGGAUGGUACGGAAGCGAAGCCGGCGGAGGAAGAUUCCUCCAGCAGUGAAGAAGAUGGCGAACACCAUCAUCACUGCGGGCAAGAACACUCGGAGGAUGCUCCCACAGACGGUGAAGCAGCGGAGCCUGAAGAAGCACCAAAGGAGGAAGGAGAUGCCGCUCCCGCUGCCGCAAGAAAACGUUGAAUUUAGUCAUUUUCCUCCACCCGACCUCAAUUUUCCAGCAGCAAACUUGUUCGUUAAUCAGUAUAAACUAUGACCAAUAAAUGAUUUCAGCAUA